GAUUACGAUAAGACCAGCAGGCCUGUCAUCAACGAUUCCACCACCGUUAAAGUCCACAUUGCUAUCUCCCUGUAUCACAUUUUGGAUACUAACGAGAGGGAGCAAACGUUCACAUGCAUGCUGGCCAUCAGGCAGAAAUGGAGAGACGAGUACCUGAAGUGGAAUCUUCUCAAGUUCGACAACGUCACCAGCGUCAAAAUUCCGUCCGAUUCCAUCUGGACACCAGAUCUCGUCAUUCAAAAUUUUGCGGGCGACAAAUUCAACGAUUACAUGGUCACUAACACUAAAGUAGAUUCAGACGGGGCUGUCCUAUGGCUCUUCCCGGCUCUCAUAAAAACUUACUGCACCCUUAACGUCAAAUAUUUCCCCUUCGACACCCAGAAAUGCAACAUAACUUUCAUUUCGUGGACACACCACGGUGAUCAGCUGGAUGUUUUGUAUAGUGAAGAUUUCAAUAACAGUGUCUACUACAUAUCGAAGAAUCAGGAAUGGUCUGUGGACGUUAACACGGGCAUAACGGCAUACAGACAAGCCAAAAAAUACGCCUGCUGCGCGGAACUCUACCCUGACGUCACCUUCACAAUUCACAUGCGAAGAGGAAGUCUCUUCUACGUCAUCAAUCUCAUAGCACCAUGCUUUCUCAUCUUCCUGAUCAGUUUCUUGGGGUUUUUCCUGCCAGUUGAAUCCGGAGAAAAGGUAAAUUUAGAAAUCACCAUUUUGUUAGCGUUGGUUGUCUUCUUGUUGAGAGUAGGCGAAAGUAUGCCUCCAACUCCAGACUCCAUUCCUAUAUUAGGUAUAAGUAUGUUCUUCGCGUCGACAAUGGUGAUGGUGAGCAUUGCUCUGGUGAUGGCGGUCAUCGUCACAAACAUCUACGCCAAGAGAAACUCAACUGAAAAAUGCCCCGAGUGGGUU